AUGAUUCCGACAAUCCUCGCCAUCUCCGGAUUGGCCAUCCUUUACCUCUACCAUGUCAAUCGUGGCAUGUCUGAAGUCCCCGAGGAAGCGCGCCGGUUGAGCCCUCGUCGUUGGACGGUGGAUGAAAUCAAGGCGGCCUUCGAGGACUCCAUCCAAAACCCCGUCGACGUGCAGAAAAGCCUCCCGCCCAGGCAGAACCGGCGGUAUAUUGUGGUUGGCGGGUCAGGCCUUGUGGGCAACUGGGUCGUGACCCAUCUACUUCUUCGCGGCGAAACCCCCUCCGCAGUCCGCAUCCUAGACCUGCAACCCCCGCGCCGCGAGCUCCUCGACCAGGGGGUGACUUUCGUCCAAACCAACAUCACCGACGAGGACGCCGUGCUGAACGCCUUCUCCCAGCCAUGGGCCCAAGAGACCGCCUCUCUCCCCCUGACCGUGAUCCACAACGCCGCCGUGAUCCGGCCCUCGGAGCGCCACCCAGCCUUCCUCUCCCUCUGCCGCAACGUCAACGUCACCGGGACCGUCCACGUCCUUAACGCGGCGAAGCAAUCCGGCGCCAGCUGCUUCAUCUCGACGUCCUCCGGGUCCGUCUGUCUGCGCAGCCCCUCCUUCUGGCUCUUCCCCUGGACCCGCACCCCCAAACAUAUGGUCCAAGUCAUCAACGACUCGACCUCCCUCCCAACCAAACACGAGGACUUCUUCGGCAACUACCCCGUCACCAAAGCCGAGGCCGAGCGCAUCGUCCGCGCCGCCGACGAUCCCUCCUCCAACUUCCGCACCGGCUGCAUCCGCCCCGCCAACGGCAUCUACGGCAUCGGCGACGACGCCAGUGCCACCAUCACCGGCACCUACCUCCGCGCCGGCGGAAACCCCAGCUGGCUCUACCCGAUCAUCCAGAACUUCGUCAACGCCGAAAACGUCUCCCUCGCCCAUCUGCUCUACGAGCAACGUCUCCUCGAACACGCCGCCAACCCGACCUCGCGCCCCAACUGCGGCGGCCAGGCUUUCGUCGUCACCGACCCCAACCCCGCCAUCUCAUUCGCGGACUUCUAUCUCCUCCUCUGCACGUUGUCCAAAACCCCCGUCGCGUUCCCCCCCGUUCCUGCUAUCCCCUUCUUGCUUCUUUCCUACCUGGUUGAAUGGUACGCUCUGCUCCAGCGCAUCUACCUCCCCUGGCUACUUCCGCCGGUGUCGGGCGAUCUCGCGCAGAUGCAGCCCGCGCUCUUUGCCAUCUCGACGGUUCAUGUGGUUGUCGAUGAUGGUAGGGCGAGACGCGCGCCGGAGGAGGGGGGUUUGGGCUAUAACCCGCCGAUUUCGACGUUGUAUGGCCUGUGUAAGGAGCUGGGGGAUUGGAAUCGCAGGCAUGCGGAUAGGAAGUCCGCCGCUGCUGUGAUUGCCGAGAAGAAGCUCGUGGGGUUGUCGGUGGAGACUAAGUGCGGCGUGGAUGUGGAUGUGGAUGUGGUAGUGCCGCCGAGGAAGGUUUAG